AUGAGCAGCCGCAGCAGCCAGCGCCGGGCCGUGGCCAUGCCGACGGCCUUGGAACUGGACCAUAUCCUCAUUGCCCUCAUCCAGUGCAUGGCGACGCCUUCGGACGUCAAGGCCUUCCUUGAGGCGCUCCCAGCCUCGGCGCGGAGUGCACCGCUGGCCGCGCUUCACGAGCUACUGCAAGCCCCGCAGCGUGCUGUGGAGGAUCGUCAGGCGCCCGAGCAGCAAGCCAUGGACAGAAUUUGGCCUCUGCCGCAUCUCAUGGAGCUCACGUCCGCUGCGAAGCGUCUUGCGCUUGCUGCAAAGGCGGUCUUUCCUGCGGUCCUUACGAACAAUGGCAGCCCGCCCGAGGACAUGGACGCCGUCGCGUGGCUCGACGCAUGGAAGGGCACUGUCACGGAGUACGACCACUUCGAUUGCGACGAUGAUCACGAAUUGACGCGUCUCUGCAACGUCCCGCGCCAAUGUACCAACCUCAAGGUUGUCAACGUGGUUGAUUGCAACGAUGACGCAGCGGUCCUCGAGGCCGUCAUGGCAACCGCGCGAUCCAUCGUGGUUACUUGCUCACAGAGACGUGCAGCUUUGCGUGCGACACUGGCACGCUGGCUCGCGUCAGGGCACGCGGAGCACUUGUCCUUCAAGGCGAUCACUCUGUCCGAUGACGUCGGUGAUCACGACGAUGAGUCUGUGAACGAGUGGCUGACUCAGCUGCUCGCGCAGCCUACCACGCUCUCGAGCCUUAAGCUUACUAUCCACGCCGACGGUACCCUUGGCCCACUCGUCGCUGUCGUGCGUUCGCUUCCGCAACUCGUGAGCUUGCGCAUCGAGCAUCAUACAGACUCGGAGACGGCUACAGUGCUGCAGCUGCUGCAUCAGCUCAACACGACGCAGCUUCGGUCGCUCCACCUCGACGGCAGCUUUGCAUGCAGUGUCGAUGCUCUCUUCGGCAUGCUUGCGUCGCUCACGGCGCUGGAAGAGCUCGGGAUCACGAAAGCUCGCAUCUUGAACCCGCGGUUCAAAACCGGAAUCGCAUUGACGCUUCGGCGCGUCGAGCUCACCAAAAUGAGAUUCUCGAUACCUGCGUUGCGAGGCUUGUUGGCGCACGUGGCCCACCUCGACGAGUUUUUAUGGUACGGGUUCUCGAGUUCAACUCCUCCGCUCGAGAACAUGGCGCCAUAUUUGCGCAAGUGGAUCCAAGGUGGCGCUCGAAAGAUUGCUUUUGAUGAGUGCGUCAUUGGUGACGAGGGCGCGUUCCAUCUCGCGGAGAUGUUGCUUCGUACAACGAGCUCUGUCGGCGCCGUCGUCGACAUCAACUGCCUCGAGUUGUCGGCGCAUAGCUACGUCGCAUUGGGCGAGGCCCUUGCGUCGUGCAGUGGCAUCUCCAUCGCGCUGCCGCCGCCGAUCGAACGCAAGAUGGUCGAGGCGCAGACAAGACUGGGCUCCAUCAAGCACCGCUACGACACCGUAUACGGUCGCCAUCGUCUCGUGCUCGAGAGCCACGCGAUGCCAACGAUCUAG